AUGUCCUCGUUCAAAGCUCAAACAAUGGAUUUCGAAGUAGACAUGUAUCUGGCCAUGGGAUGGUUCGACAGACGUCUAGCCCAUAACUGUACACACCCUAUUCUUGUAACCAGUAAGUUGAUAGCUGAUCGAAUGUGGCACCCAGAUCUCUAUUUUGUAAAUUCUAAGUUCGCUUAUUUACAAGAGGUCACCACGCCAAACCUGAUGGUGAUCGUCUAUCCUGAUGGCCUUAUUUUUAAAUCAAUGCGAUUAGAUGUUACGCUCAGUUGUAUGAUGGACUUGAAAUUGUUUCCGAUCGAUCAUCAAGAAUGCCCUCUGAAGAUUCAGAGUUAUGCGUAUAUUGAGCAGAUUGUGAAUCUGACAUGGCAUGUUGCUCCUCCUUAUUUCCCCGUUGGUUCCAACGAGGAAAUUAAACUCAAUGAUAUGGCGAUCACUCGGACUCGUUACGAGAAGUGUGCUGGACCGUAUCCAAUGUUCCGUGGAUCAGGUAACUCAACAAUUAUUCCGUUGAACAGUUGUGAUUUUCCACGCUGA